CACCGUCAUUUCUUUGGGUUCCCGGAUGAAGACGUCACGUAACUGCUCGGUAGAAUAACAAGAUUUUUCCCUUGGAAACAACUAGAUGCUUAAAGAUUUCCAUUUGACGAACUGUGGUAAUUAGGUAUUUCAAUAUGUCAACACCAGCUAGGCGAAGACUCAUGAGGGAUUUUAAGAGGUUACAAGAAGAUCCCCCAGCAGGUGUCAGUGGAGCCCCUACCGACAACAAUAUCAUGAUCUGGAAUGCAGUUAUAUUUGGGCCCCAUGACACACCUUUUGAAGAUGGCACCUUCAAGCUGACCCUAGAGUUCACAGAAGAGUAUCCCAACAAACCACCCACAGUUCGGUUUGUUUCCAAGAUGUUUCAUCCAAACGUGUAUGCAGACGGUAGCAUCUGCCUAGACAUUCUUCAAAACCGGUGGAGCCCCACGUAUGAUGUGUCUGCCAUCCUCACGUCCAUUCAGUCUCUUCUGGACGAGCCAAAUCCCAACAGCCCGGCAAACAGCCUGGCAGCACAGCUGUACCAAGAAAACAGGCGGGAGUAUGAGAAGCGGGUGGCUGCCAUCGUUGAGCAGAGCUGGCUCAACUUCAAUGACGACGAGGGCAAGGAAUCCAAGAAAGACGCAUCCUAGCUUUUCCUGCUGCUGCUGAACCACCACUACCACCACAACACCGCUUGGCCCACCCCACCCCUUUCCCUCCAACCUCCCAAGAGAAAUGCCCCUUCCCCCUCCCCCCCACGCAAGACCUGACGCAGAGAGAGGCCAAGGUGCACAAGACAGCACCUGUGUAGGUCGCUCUUAGAGGGGAAAAAAAAAAGCAGCAGCAAGUUACGAGCCAACAGCUGAUUAAAACAGACUGGAGGAGGAGGGGGACUGUUGCUUCUCAAAACUGCACACGAUUUUUCGGUGUGCUGGCGGCAUAAGCAGGGUUGCCUUUCAAUUUGUGUGCAGACUCAUUGCAACUCUGUGGCUGUUUUGAGCGUAGCUCAUUUUCCAUAUACAGGGCAUGCGCUGUGCAAUGCAGGAUGCUUCGACUGUGCUGGCUUCAUUGAAAAAAAAAAAAACCCUGUGCUUCUUGCUGCUUUUGAACUGAGGAGGGCCAUGCCUCUUGUCAGAGCGUGUUCUGACAUGUUUAAAUUCUGCCUGCUGUGCAAAAUUGCCCGGGCAGCAGCUGUAUGUGUAUUGGUUGGCCAAAAUGAGUGUGUGAAUGACCUUGCUGCAUUACCCUUGCGGGCCUUACAGACACACACACACACACACACACAUUCUCUUCACCUUUGCGCUUGUGGAUUGACAAGAAUAUGUAGCGCAACUGGCUGGUCAAGCUUUUUCUUCUUUUUUUUUCUCUCCUUUUACAUGCUUUCUUACGAGCUAAAAGUGUGAGUGGAAGGUCUUCUUUUUAACUUGUUUAGACUUGCAUUGUGAGAUUCUUUAGCUCCACCAAUGUUUUUGUUUCAAGACAUUUACUGACGAGGCAGUGAAUGUCUCAUUGGUCUACAAAACAUUUCUAAGAAGGGUUUUUGUUUGGUAACAAGCAGCAGCUUAGCUUCCACUUGCCCAUCCAUGCAUUUUUCUUUUCUUUUUUUCUUCGACUCAAACAACAUAUUUCAGCUUCAUGAAAUUGCCCGUGUAUCAUGCAAGUUAGGUUCAGUGAAGGCAGUGUCAACUGUGUUCCCAGCUGCACAUUCAUGUGCGUCUCAUGUUGAGAUAUUUUGUAGUAAAUUGCCAGUUUAAUUGAGCAGAUUAGGUCUGCUCAGGCAGUGUGUAACGGUAUUUGCAGCUGCAUCUUGAUGCGCAACUCCAGAGUUAACACACUUCGGAAACAGGCCCGUUAAUAAUGUGCCAGUAAAUGGUGUGUUGUAAAACCCUUCGUAGUUGAAGCGUUGCACUGCAACUUCCUCACAGUGUACCACAUUUAUGCAUGCAGUUUGCUUAAAAAGGGAUCGAACAGUUUCGGAAAAGAAACAUGGCUUUGUUCUGGGAGUCUGUGGAACUUUCGUGCAUGCAUGCUGCAAUAUAUUUCUAGUCUGUUUCCAAGGUGUGUCUAGACUGUAGAGAUGAAAAAAAAAAAUGUCUGGCUACUGCUGCUGAGUGUUUGCACAGGACCUAAUGGCACAUUCUCUUUGGCAAUGCAAGUAGAUUUGUCCUUCAAUCUGGCUUGGCCUUCCCUCUCGCUCACCUCACUUAGACAUUCAGCAAGAGGCCUUCAUCUGGCUGUGCACAUUUGGUAAUAUGGGCUUCUAUUCUCAUUGGGUAGACAAGAACAAUGGAGCAUGAUGUGCAAACACGGCCAAGAGAGCGUGAAGCAGCUAGCUGUAUUGACUUUUCUUUGCACAGCUGCUAGUGCUUCACCUCCAUGCAGUGUGAAAACUUGGGAAUAAAAGCCACUGCUGCUUGUGAAAGUGCAGAAUCAAGGUAGAGUGAAUGAGCAAAGUUUCAACUCCUAAAUGUCUAGCAGUCAAAAAAAAAGGGGGGGGGGGGGGUGCAAGUGUCCGGCUACGAAAAAAAUUUCACACCCGUGCCGAGUUUUUGUGUCUUGAAGUUGCCAUAGCAUCUGCAGUAAAUUUGCCACCCUUCUGUGCUGUGCGCUCUCUGUACAGGGCUCGGAUGUGUCGGCAGCACCAUGUGCGUGCACAGCUGAGAAUUCCUAUCUGUGUUGUCUGCCAAAGUGGCUGACGCUGUUUAUGAAAAUAUGAGCGCCACCUGAAAAAAAAACUGGAUGUCUUUCUUCAGGUUGUGUCCAUAUUUUGAAGUGGGAGGAUCUAGGUUUUUAUACAUGCCCGCGUGGGCCACAGAAUGCAGCACUCACUGGUGUUUUACAACUCUGCAGGAAGGAUACAAGUUGUUUCCAUGACUCGCAUUCAUGUGGUUUGAAAACAAGCACUCUUUGCAGCAGCUUGUGCUCAUCCCUUGGUGCUUUCAUGAGAAGGUGCAGAUACUCUCAGCUGUGUGCCUGUGAAUUGCUAACACAUCUGAGCGUUGUACUGUUAUGGACAAAUGGAAUGUGGAGAACUAAAGUAGGACACCUUAUAUAACUCGUUAGUGCAAUCUUUAGCUGCAUAUCUUGCUGCCAAAGAUUGUGCAAGCCCCAAAUUAAGCAUAUAAGCUGAAAUUACACUGAUAUCACAGUGGCUGAACUGGAAGUGAACAACCAUAUGUUAGCCACAACUUCAGUCGUUUUAUUUGUCCAUGAUAGUGCAUUCAGUAGCGAUUUGUUUUCUCUUUCGUGUUUCUACAUAGUAGUACUUACACCCUUUGCUUUAAGAUCACGCUGUGAUAACCGUCUUCAAGAGCUUGCGACUGUGGCAUGGGCCUUUUUCCCACUAUUUUUUUUUUUUUUUUUUUGUCUUGUGCAAGGAGCAGUAUGUAAUGUAGGUGCCACAGAAUUAGGCGGCCCCAUUUCUCUCUCCCCCUUGUGUGCGGAGCAGCUUGUCCUUCUGCCUAGCAUGUGUGCAUGCCCCCUCUCAUGCACAUGUGAAAGUGACAUGAUCAGACCUACUAAAGUGAUGAAAUAAAAUCUUUCAAACGGCA